CUGAUCAUUGCCCUGGCCCAGGCCCCAGCCAGCCAGGACCAGUCAGCCCAGGAUCAGCAUGGCUGUCCGUCUGUGGGUGGUCACUCUGGCCAUGGCCGCCCUCCUCAUUGUGGACAGGGAAGUGCCAGUAUCAGCGAAGGAAGAGCUCACUUUCUCAAGAAUGCCCAUCUGUGAGCACAUGGAGGAAUUUCCAGUCUGUUCCCAGACAUCCACCCCGGUCUGUGGCACUGAUGGGGUCACAUAUGACAGUGAAUGCCAGCUCUGCUUGACCCGGCUGAAAACCAAACUGGACGUCCAGAUCGUGAAGGAUGGCAAAUGCUGACUCCAUAGCGGCCUCUUAAGCCAUGAAGCUUCAGGCUAGAGGAUAGCAGGAGUGGAGGAUGUGAUAUGAAAUAAAAGAUCCAGUCCAACUCAA